GCGCAAGCCGCUGCUGCUGCGGGGAUCCUUGUGACCCUUCCGGUCGGUGUAGCCAAUCGGUGCACAGCGAAGCGGGGCGGACCGAGAGGAGCGGAGGGACCGCUGAGAGCCGCCGCCACUGCCGCGGCAGGGGCGUGGAGGCCGGGGGCGGCCUGGGCCGCAGUUGCAAAUAUGGCUCAAAACAGAGACGGUGGAAACCCGUUCGCCGAGCCCGGCGAGCUUGACAACCCUUUUCAGGACCCAGCUGUGAUCCAGCACCGACCCAGCCCGCAGUAUGCCACGCUUGAUGUCUACAACCCUUUUGAGACCCGGGAGCCACCACCCUCCUUUGAGCCUCCUGCCCCUGCCCCGUUGCCUGCACCCCCGGCUCCCCCCUUGCAGUCUGCGAGAAAACUCAGCCCCACGGAGCCCAAGAACUAUGGCUCCUACAGCACCCAGGCGUCAGCUGCAGCAGCCACAGCUGAGCUGCUAAAGAAACAGGAGGAGCUCAACCGGAAGGCAGAGGAGCUGGACCGGAGAGAGCGAGAGCUGCAGCAUGCUGCCCUGGGGGGCACAGCUACUCGACAGAACAAUUGGCCCCCUCUGCCUUCCUUUUGCCCAGUUCAGCCCUGCUUUUUCCAGGAUAUCUCCAUGGAGAUUCCCCAAGAAUUUCAGAAGACAGUAUCCACCAUGUACUACCUCUGGAUGUGCAGCACUCUGGCUCUUCUCCUGAAUUUCCUCGCCUGCCUGGCCAGCUUCUGUGUGGAGACCAGCAAUGGCUCAGGCUUCGGGCUCUCUAUCCUCUGGGUCCUCCUUUUUACUCCCUGCUCCUUCGUCUGCUGGUACCGCCCCAUGUAUAAGGCUUUCCGGAGCGACAGUUCAUUCAAUUUCUUCGUUUUCUUCUUCAUUUUCUUCGCCCAGGACGUGCUGUUUGUCCUCCAGGCCAUUGGCAUCCCAGGGUGGGGCUUCAGUGGCUGGAUCACGGCCCUGGUGGUGCUGAAGUUCAGCCCGGCUGUCGCUGUGCUCAUGCUCCUGGUGGCCCUGCUUUUCACCGGCAUCGCUGUCCUGGGGAUCGUGAUGCUAAAGCGGAUCCAUUCCUUGUACCGCCGCACAGGUGCCAGCUUUCAGAAGGCGCAGCAAGAGUUUGCGGCUGGUGUCUUCUCAAACCCUGCGGUGCGAACCGCAGCUGCCAAUGCGGCCGCCGGGGCUGCCGAAAAUGCCUUCCGGGCCCCCUGAGCCCUGACUGGGAUGCCCUGGCCCUGCCACUUGAGGGAGCUGACCUGGCCCCCAGCCCUGCGGACUCUGGGACUUGGUGAGACAUCACCACGUGAUGUCUCCUCUGUAGUGCCCCCAGCCCCACAGCCGUGACUGCUGAACCUGACUUAGGGAUGCCGGAGCCCACUGUGACCCAGUCACUGCUCCCCCCCUCACCGCCCAGUCAGGCCACACUGCUGCCACUCUUACACACCCCAACCCAGCUUCCCUCUGCUGUGCCAAGGCUGUUGCUUCGGUUAUUUAAUAAAAAGAAAGUGGAACUGGAACUCAAA